AUGAAGCACCUCGCCGCUUACCUUCUGCUUGGCCUCGCCGGCAACACCUCCCCCUCCGCCUCCGACAUCAAGAAGGUCCUGUCCUCCGUUGGCAUUGAGGCCGACGAUGACCGCCUGGAGAAGCUUCUGUCAGAGCUUGACGGCAAGGACAUCAACGAGCUGAUCGCCGAGGGUAGCUCCAAGCUCGCUUCCGUCCCGUCCGGUGGCGCUGGUGGUGCUGCUGCUGCUGGUGGCGCUGCCGCUGGCGGUGCCGCCGCUGAGGAGACCAAGGAGGAGGCCAAGGAGGAGGAGAAGGAGGAGUCCGACGAGGACAUGGGCUUCGGUCUGUUCGACUAA